AUGUCGCGCUCCUUCUAUGUCGACUCGCUCAUCAUCAAGGACUCCUCGCGACCCGCGCCCUCGCUGCCCGAGCCGCACUCUUGGGUUUUUUUGGGGCACACGCAGCACCACGCACCUGUCUGCGCCGCCACCACCUACAACGUGGCGGACCCGCGGAGAUUCCACUGCCUCACCAUGGGGGGCUCGGACGUCAGCCAGGUACCCAAUGGCAAGAGGAUGAGGACGGCGUUCACUAGCACGCAGCUCCUGGAGCUGGAGCGGGAAUUCUCUUCCAACAUGUAUCUGUCUCGACUCCGGAGGAUCGAAAUCGCCACGUACCUGAACCUGUCGGAGAAGCAGGUGAAGAUCUGGUUCCAGAACCGCCGGGUAAAGCAUAAGAAGGAAGGGAAGGGCACGCAGAGGAACAGUCACGCGGGCUGCAAGUGCGUCGGCAGCCAAGCGCACUACGCGCGCUCCGAGGACGAGGACUCCCUGUCGCCGGCCUCGGCCACCGAGGACAAGGAGAUUUCCCCGUUGUGAGGGAGGGAGGGCCGCCUCCCUCUCAGCACCCGCUCCCGGGAGUCCCCACAAAGCCAAUGCGGCAGGCACCCAGGGGUCAAAUACGCGCCCGCUCCGUGGUCCCGUCCGCAGAAGCACGGAGCUGAGUGUUCCCAGGGCGUACCAGCCGGCCCAUCCUUCGCGUCUACUCCUUGGCCUGUUUGCUUAGGUUCCACUCUCGAGAAUGCGAAUAGAUUUUGUUUAAAUGUAAAUAACCUAGAUUCAACUCAGUCUUGUCAUAUAACAGAUAAAAAAAAAACAUCAUUGGCUUAAGUUUAGCACCGUCUGGGUUUUGUUUUUAAAGCGCUUGUCAUUUUCCCUCCCCUACUGUCUUUCAGAACCUGAUAAGAACACCGGGUUUCCUGACGAUUUCCUUUUGUUUGUUUUUUUUAAUAAAAGUAUUGAUAUGCAAAUAAUUUAGAAAAGUAAAACCUGUAGGCCUUGCUUUCUGAAAACUUGCCUGGGGAGAGUUUAAAAUCCAAGUGUUGGAAGUUCCUUUUUAUGUGAAUAGUUUUAUAUAAGAUUAUAUUUAUAUUUAUUUAAAUAAAUGAAACAAAAUCAA